AUGACGACUGUUCAAAAGAUAAAAGAGAUCGAAGAUGAGAUGGCUCGGACCCAAAAAAAUAAGGCGACCAGUUACCAUCUUGGUCUCCUCAAAGCGAAGCUCGCCAAACUCAGGCGUGAGCUUAUCACCCCUCAAGGUGGUGGCGGUGGUGGAGGGGGAGGUAUGGGAUUCGAUGUUGCGAGGACGGGUAUCGCUUCAGUCGGUUUCGUAGGGUUUCCCUCAGUUGGAAAGUCUACGUUAAUGUCCAAAUUAACCGGAACGCAUUCGGAAGCGGCGGCAUAUGAGUUUACAACGCUGACAACAGUCCCUGGAACUUUAAAAGUCCAUGGAGCACCCAUCCAAAUUCUCGAUUUGCCUGGUAUUGUUGAAGGCGCCGCUGAUGGGCGUGGUCGAGGAAGACAGGUUAUUGCAGUGGCUCGCACAUGCAAUCUCAUAUUUAUCGUGCUCGACGUCCUAAAGCCCCUUGGUGACAAGAAGAUCAUUGAAUCAGAACUUGAGGGAUUCGGUAUUCGAUUAAACAAAAAACCACCGCAAAUCAUCGACAAGGGUGGGAUUGCAAUUACGAACACUGUUCCUCUCACAAAUUUGGACCAUGAAUCUAUCAAGGCCGUGCUUUCAGAGUUCCGAAUUAGCAAUGCAGAUGUUGCGAUUCGAGAACCUGACGCGACUGCUGAUGACUUGAUUGAUGUCAUUGAAGGAAACAGGGUAUACAUUCCUGCUAUUUACGUGCUUAACAAGAUCGAUGCAAUUUCCAUUGAGGAGCUGGAUUUGCUGUACAAGAUUCCAAAUUCUGUCCCUGUUUCAUCAAAGGAAUGGAUGAACAUAGAUGAACUCCUUGACGUUAUGUGGUCUGCUCUUGAUUUGGUCCGAGUUUACACAAAACCGCGAGGGUUAGCGCCCGAUUACAACACUCCAGUCGUAUUGCGACGAGGAAAGUCAACCGUUGAAGACUUUUGUAACUCUAUUCACAAGGAGAUCGCCAAACAGAUGAAAUAUGCUAUAGUAUGGGGGUCCAGUGCAAAACAUUCAAGAGGGCAAAAAGUGGGGUUGGAACACGUGUUGGAGGACGAAGUCUCAACUUAUUAUUAUCUUGCAUAUGAUUCUAUGUCUUUAAUUCAAUGCAUGAAUUACAUGCGCGAAGAGCGCGACGUUACAUUGUGUCCAUUAGUGCUAGAAUAUCCAAUGGCGCGAGAGGCGCGUAAUUGUACGCGCAAGUGCCGACGCGCGUCGCUGACUGACGCGGCCUUGUUUGUUGAGAGGUACUUCCAAAUUGAUAUCAUGAACACCGACCACGAGAUCGCUCUCAUGUAUGCAUCCAGUCCAUGGAGUCUCUUUCAGCCUCGAAGCAGCUUUUAUUCGCCUUUUAGCAAUGUGGUGCUUCGCGUUGUGCAGCCCCCACGGCCCAGCUUAGAGGAUUUACUCCUUCAGUUUUUUACUGGGGACGAGGUCACGACACUCCCUACUAAGUCCGAACGCGAAAACGAACAUGUAUAUCAGGAUGGGAACAAAGCGUCCCCAGCGAACGACUCGACUCCUAAUUUUGACCUCUCCGAGCGCAUGGCUCGUGAGAUGCAAGAGCAAGAAGAUCGAGAACAGGAGAUGAUGGAUCAAGCGGCCGCCAUGAGACAUCAGUUCGGAGAGUACAUGUCGGCGUUCGAGACCUCCGAACCCACUAUUGGGGGUUUCGACUCGCUAUUCCGUCGAGAGCUGGUGAAUGCCGAAGCAGGGCCUUCAAUGAAAAAAUCGACACCAAGUUUUUCCUUCGAAUCAAGCCUGAGCUCUGACUGGAACAAGCUCUACCAAGAUCAGAGAACAAUUAGUGGCGAGUCGAGCUCAGACGACUCAGAAAAAGUCUAUGGUAAAAAGGCUCGUCUUACUAUUUCGGCACCUAUACGAGCGACUCAAUUCAACACCGCAAACUACGAGCCAUCCGAGCUCUUAGAUGGCCUUGAGGCCCACUUGAGGCACGAAAUCAACCAGUUCGAUUUCCCAGAGCAUCUCGAAUUCCAGCCAGGGAAUCAUACACCUGUCCUCUUGCAUACAUCCAAUAAUGCGGCUGUGCACUCGUUUGAGAAGGCUUUAUUGGACAUGCGCGCUAAUUUGGGCCGUGUGGAGGUUGGCUUGGACGAGAAUGCUGCCGAGAGGCGAUCACGCAUUGAUGGAAGGAUUCAACGUGAGCUCAACGAUCUCGAUAGGAAGGUCCUGGAAACUUGGGCUGCCAAGCGGAGGCACUCGCCAGCCAUGGGAUCUCGAAUGUAA